AUGGGCUAUAAAAAACAACUGCAAGUUGAGAGUUCAUCAAAAGUACUUAUCAUUGCCGUUGCCUUCUUGGCCUGCGCCUACGCGGAUGUUUCGGAACUGGCCGAUCAGGGCUAUGACUACCCACAACCUGCACCUGCCUACAUUCCUCCUCCAGUGGCGCCAAAGAACACCUACAUUCCCCCUCCACCACCACCACCGCCACCAGCACCAAAGAACACCUACAUUCCUCCUCCUCCAGCUCCGGCUAAGGCUUACAUUCCCCCACCAGCAGCUCCCGCCAAGGCCUACAUUCCUCCCCCACCACCACCACCACCACCAGCACCCAAGAACACCUACAUUCCUCCUCCAGCUGCUCCCUCAAACACCUACAUCCCACCAGCUCCCGUUGCUCCCGUCCUCUCCGAACCCGUGUUCGAGGAGAUCGAGCAGCCUGCUCAGGAUGGAUACCGCUACAAGACCGUGCGUCGUCGCGUCUUCCGUCACCGCAACUAA